CCCGGGCAGCCGCUGCGGAUCACAGCGCCUCCUCCUCCUCCUCUUCGUCUUCGUGUCCAGGCCGCCGUUCCUCAUGGCGUCUCGGUGGGCGCUUCUCCUCCUGCUCCUGCAGCCGCUGCUCUUGGGCUUCGGCUCGGCUACGGAAGAUGCAACCUCUGCCGUUUCCCCGUCUCUCACGGUCAAAACGGCAGCAACCGAUCAGGUUUUUGAGCCCGCCAACAGCUUGCCAUCCCGGAGCGAGGCGGCUGCAGUCCAGCCCGUUGUCGGGAUCGGCCAGAGGGUCAAGAUGAGAUCAAAUGAGAAGAAAGACUUGGGCGUGCUAGGCUACGUGCUGGGCCUUCUGAUGGUGGUGAUCAUCAUUGCAAUCGGAGCAGGCAUUGUUGUGGGCUAUGUCUAUAAGAGGGGCAAAGAUCUGAAGACGCAGCACGAGCAGAAGGUUUACGAGCGCGAAAUGCAGCGGAUCACUUUGCCGCUCUCGGCCUUCACCAACCAAGCCUGCGAACUGGUGGACGAGAACACGAUAGAGGUGCACACGAACCAGACCCCCGUGGAGGAAACGCACAAUGGUGAUGCCCCGCUGAUGGGCCAAGCGGGCACUCCUGGAGCCUGAGGAACAUGGGUGGGGGGCACCCUGGGAGAUGCCCUGCUUGCACCCCAACGGCUGAGACUCCUCUCUCUUCUCCCUAACGUACGUGGGAGUUUCAUUUGUAUUUCUGGUUUUCCUUUUCUGUUUUGGGGAGGAAUAAGAAGCCCGGAAGAGUCUUGAUGGGGCUCUGAAGACGUGCGAGGACUCGCUC